GGUCAUCGUCAGGGCAGUAGCAGGAUAUUCUUUAAGGUUUUUCUUUUAGUUGUGAAAAGGUCUUCCGCGGUUAAGAUUGUUGCGGUUCGGUUACGUUAGUCUGUGCGAAAGAAGGAUUUAAUAUCAAAUAUGUGCGGAACAUAUUCGAUAACAUGUCCUGGAGUUUGGCUUUGUACAAAUGGCUAUAUGGAAGCAACAAUCAAAACUUUAGGAUACUUUUUCAAAACCGGUGCUAUGGAGCCUAGAUUUCCAGCCCUGUGUCAUGACCAAUUUCUUAUGGAAGGUUAUUUCAAGUCUAUCAAAUGUAUAUCGGAACUGGAACAGGUCCUAGCAGCUGAAAGUAUUGAGAUAACAUUGUGGCAGAAUGGACGUAGAUUGGCAUAUUUUGUUGGUCAGUUAGCUGAUGUGAUGCAUCCGCCAAUGCCAAAACUAUCAUGUUUCCAUAAUGUCAACGUUCAGAUACUGAUGAAUACGUCACAAGCAUUUCCGGGAAUCAUUGCACCUAAAAUGGAAAUUUCAGCAAGAGCUGUCAUUCAAGACAGAAAAUGCUCGAAGGACACAUGUAGCAUGGCAGGAAGCGGUAACCACUCAGUUCUGAUACCAAAAUUACAAAGACCUGUCGCAAAAAAUACGCCACAUUGCACUGAUGAGGUUGCGAAGAACCUAGAUCAUCGAAGACAGCAGCCUGUUUGUCAUUCCAAAAUCUACGAUUCACAAGUUGGAAAACCUGCUUCGGGUAAUAUUUCCGCAGCAAGUAUUGACAAAACAAAUGACCGAUGCUUAUCGAGUAAGGAUUCGAUAUUUUCUCGGAACGAAUCAAGUCUACAUCAAUCGAGGAGAAUAUCUUCGUGUUCAAGUUCAACUAGCAACUCCUUUGGAAUUCCUUCGGUGUCGAGUUUGAGCAAAUGUUCACAUUCCUUUAGCAAUCCAUUGGACACUGAGGAACAUCAGAAGCAUUGCAACAUCUGCCUUUCAUACAGAAAAGCAUUUAAUCAUUUGGAGAGCUUUUAACCCGUCUUUUCUAAUAAUAUAAAACAAUUAAGUUUAAGAACUAAAAAGAAAAAACUGUAAAUACAAUAAUUAAAGUGUA